CUAAACUUCGAGAAAGACUUGUGUAUCACCGCUAUGCAUUCAGCUGAAGGUGAGAAGAUUGACUUUGUCAAAACGACCUACCCCACUGGUAACGUAGAGGAGUGGAUGCUGGACAUUGAGAAUCUCAUGCGGCUUUCUGUACGCACUUUGAUCGGAAAUGCACUUGUUGAUUAUGCACAGGCAGUACGUACUGAUUGGGUGCUCAAAUGGCCGGGUCAAGUCGUUAUUGUAGGCUGCCAGACACAUUGGACGUCUGAGGUUUCAGAAGCUUUGAGUCAGAAGGAAAAAGGCGGUUUAAGGACUUUACUGCCACAACUGCUUUCUCAGCUUGAUGAUCUUCGUGAACUUGUUCGAGGUGACUUGUGCAGAACUGGCCGAAUGACUCUUUCCGCACUCAUUGUGAUUGAAGUACACGCGCGUGAUGUGGUACAGAAUAUGCUUGAUGAGGGAGUCCAUCUGGUCAGCGAUUUUGAGUGGAUUAGUCAAUUACGUUACUAUUGGUUCUCGGAGGAAGAGGAGCUGCGUCUUCGAGCUGUUAAUGCCGAAUUCCCUUACGGGUAUGAGUAUCUUGGCAAUACCAACCGACUCGUCAUUACGCCGUUGACUGAUCGCUGUUACCUCACUCUUACAGGAGCACUUCAUCUGAAGUUCGGUGGUGCUCCAGCAGGUCCAGCUGGCACAGGAAAGACGGAGACGACCAAGGAUCUUGGAAAGGCAUUUGCAGUACAAUGUGUUGUUUUCAACUGCUCCGACCAACUGGAUUUCAUGGCUAUGGGGAAAUUUUUCAAAGGACUAGCCUCGGCCGGUGCCUGGGCUUGUUUUGACGAGUUCAAUCGUAUCGAUAUCGAAGUGCUUUCUGUGGUAGCUCAGCAGAUUACCACGAUCCAGAAAGCCCAGCAACAGCGUGUCGACCGUUUCAUAUUUGAGGGCAUUGAACUUACAUUAAAGCCUUCUUGUGCAGUCUUCAUUACCAUGAAUCCAGGUUACGCCGGUAGGACAGAAUUGCCGGACAACUUGAAAGCCCUCUUUCGUCCGGUUGCCAUGAUGGUGCCCGACUAUGCCUUGAUCGCGGAGAUAUCACUAUUUUCGUUCGGCUUUUCAGAGGCAAGAAUACUGGCUAAGAAGAUUGUCACCACGUUCAAACUAUCAUCAGAACAGUUGAGUUCACAGGAUCACUAUGAUUUUGGUAUGCGAGCCGUAAAGAGUGUUAUCUCUGCCGCAGGAAAUUUGAAGCGACAGAACUCGGAUAUGGAUGAGAAUUAUCACUAUACUGUUAUGCAAGCUAAUUCGAUCAAGACAGAGGACACAAGUGUUUCUUGA